AUGGCUAAUACACCACCGUAUUUCGUGACUGUUAGUGCCACCAGUUGUAAUUAUGUUUACCAAGUUAUGGUAAAUUCUAGCAAUUGGAAUUUCAAUAAUUUUAUAGGUGGUUUUACACUCGGUUCAUCAUACACUUCCUUUUGGGGAGAUAAAAACACAACUUUUGUAACGUAUUCAAUGUAUGCCUCCAAUGUAUUCCCAACAAUAAAUUCCUUAAACUAUACUGCUACUUAUAAAGCUAUGACUUCUCAAGAAUCUAUUCGAAUCCCAAAGUGUGAAUUGUUUACAAAUUUCAUUUUAACAGCUUCACCUGUUUUCCAACAGGAUAGUCGUUCAAUGCGAUUUGUCCAAUAUCUUAAUGUUAGUAAUCCGAUGAACCAAAUUAGACCCACCCUAGGUAUGCAAGCGCCAGGAUAUUGGAUUGAUACAAAGGUUCAAUUGACAUCACCAUAUCAAACCAAUUGGGUAAUUAUUACUUACAAAGCUACAAACUUACAGAAUUUCAAUGGAAAGAGUGGUACUUUCUACCCAACUAGUGUAAGUCAAAAUACCAGUCCUAUUCCACUCAAUAAUCCAUACGAUAAUGUUAGAACAACAGUAUUAGGUUAUAAUUCAAAAUCAAUUUCCAAAACAAAGCUAUUUGCUCAAAGUUUUGUUAUGAAUAUUGCCAAUUUGAAUUCUGCACUGGGUUUCGGUAAUAUGGGGUAUGAUGUUAUCUAUUAUCCAGUUCUUGGAAACAGGGCUAAUGCUACCUACCAUUUAUUUGUAAAUGCAACUGGAAGCUCUGGAGCUAUACCUCUGAAUCUCUUUGACCAAACAUACACUACCAAUCCAACGUUUUUUGGAUUUGCAACUUCUUUCACACUUUUAAAUGUAGGAAGCUUCCUAUCUUCGAUAGUACAAGACAACACCGUCAAUUCUUUUAUCCUUAAUAUUAAUUUCGUUUUGGAUACCAUUGGUUUGUCACCGGUAUCCACCACAUACAGCAUCCCAAUCACCAACAAUAUGUAUUACCCAGUUGGAAUAAGAUCGGUGACAAACAAUGGAAUCAAUGGUGCUUCCUAUAAAUUCUCUUUCGAUUCACUCUACCCGAAUGUAACAUAUAGUGACAAUGUUAUUGUCACUUAUUACGGCAAGUUAACCAAUAUACCACUUUCAUUCACCUGGACACCAACUCCUCCUGCUUAUUCUUGUUGUAAUUCAGUUAUGAUCCAAAAUUUACAAAUAUUCCCAGUUUCAUCAUUCACUUUUAUCGUUAGAUUUGAUAUAUUCAAUAGACAAUUUUUUGGAGUCCAGCAAAUAAAUCUUUACAAUACCUUCAUGUAUGGAUAUCAUUUGGUAAAAGGAAACAUAAAUAAUGGAGUAUUCGAAUUAAUUGUAGAUUGGAUAGGAAUGGAAUUUAACUCUUUUAUUUAUCCAGUUUCUUACUAUCCAACUAGGGAUGGUGCUGUUACUGUGGAAACUCAAGCAGUUAACGAUAUGUUCCAAUUUCUUCCACAAAUACCUUCGCAAUUAACACAAUUCACAGUUGAUGAUAUUACAUCAUUCAAAUUCGAACCAAAUGUUGUUGAUGUUUCCAAUGGAACAGGAUCAACAACACUUAUUUUCAACUUUUCAAACAGCAAAGCAACCGAUCGACCAUCAAUAUAUUUCCCAUCAUACUCACAUCUUCCAGGAAUCAUUGACACAAACAAUGUAUUCACUGGAUAUUAUAAUGCAUCAACAAAUAUGUUUAAUAUUCCAAUUACAAUCAGACAACAACUAUUUUCAAGAUCACUAAAUUACAAUUUAACAUCAGCACCAUCAUAUAUAUCAAGAGAUUUUAUCUCAUUAAAAUUUGGAUCAGAUGCUUUUAUAAAUGUUGUUUCAGAUUUUUAUACUUCAAUAACAGAUGCCGAUGAAAUGGGACCAAAUGUUGAAGUUCUUAAACAAUAUCCUGGAAAUACUGUCACUGUACAAGCAACUGAUGACGUUACAAUUGGUUGGGACUUUAUACUCAAUGAUAAACCAAGUGGAUUCAGUCAUGGUGUUGCAAUGAUUUCUUCAAAUAUUGAUAUUAUCCCCAUAAAUAUAACAUUUACUUCUCUUAACAAUACCGAUGGUGAUGAAUUUUAUGGAAAUUAUUCUAUUCGUUUACCGAUAAAUGGAAAUUGUAGAAGUCAAGUAUACCAUAUCGAUUUGGUUCUUUAUGACUAUCUUGGAAAUGAAGCUGCUUCUAAUUAUGGAAACUCAAUCACACCAAGAUUAAAUCCAUUCUUUAAGUUGUGGGGUGAUUUAACCAAAGAAGCACUCACAAAUAUCACAGUGAACUGUGCGAUCACUCCAGAUAUCAUGGCACCAGCAGUCACUGCUUUCACACUCCUCACACCAACGAUUGAUGUCGGUUCAAACAACAGAAUAUUCCAAGCUACUUUUACAGUCACAGAUGAUCUCUCCGGUAUCUCUACAAAUCCAAAAGACUAUCCAGUUGUUGUAUUAUCCUAUCUCUAUGGAGAGAAUACAAUUUUGACAAGCACUCUUUCUUCAACAAACGGAUUGUCCUCAAUAUUCACAGUGAAUUCCCAACUUCCAUAUGGAUUUGCAAUGAAAGGAAAUUACUUGAUUUCAAUUUAUGGUGUUGUUGAUAAACACAAGAAUCUCGGUGGAAUUACAUCUUCAGAGAUGAAAACAGCAGGAAUGACAUACUUUGGAACAACAACAUUCGGUGUGACCACACCAGUUUUAGAGACAGCAGACCGUCUCACAAAUGUUGGUGGACCAAUCUACAUUCGUGGAAAGAAAAUGGGAUUCGAUUCAGAUACAGUCUCUUGUCAAAUCAACUAUGGAGCAGGAUAUCAGAGUAUUCCAAUCAAUCUUCGUUAUCCAUCUAUUUUCUUGAUCAAUGUUGCAGCUGUUACUGGUUCAUCGAUUAAAGUUCAAUUGACAGUGAAUGGUAUUGUCUCGAAUGAACUUGAAAUCUUCAAGUUUGUUAUUCCACCACCUGGACCACGUCCACCACCAAGACCAACUCUCUCACCAAUAUCUACCUCCACAACAGAUUCAAUUUCGACAAUGACACCAAUUACAACAACUUCAACUACAGAUUCAACUACCUCCACUACAGGAACAUCAACAUCUACAACUUCAACUACCGAUUCAACUACCUCUACAACAGGUACGUCAACAUCUACAACCUCCACUACCUCUACUACAGAAGAACAUACAUCUACAAGUUCAACUACAGAUCCAACUACUUCAACCACAGUAACAUCUACUUCUACAACCUCCACUACAGAAGAACCUACAUCUACAAGUUCAACUACAGAUUCAACUACCUCUACUACAGGAACAUCAACAUCUACAACAUCAACUACCUCCACUACGGAAGAUUCAACAUCUACAAGUUCAACUACUUCAACGACAGGAGCAUCUACAUCUACAACAUCAACUUCAACUUCGACAACAACAAGUACAACAUCAACACCAAGUCCAUCACCAGAUCCAAAAUGUCCAGGUGUAACUCCAUGUUCUGGAAAUGGAAUAUGUAUUGCAGGUGAAUGUUUUUGUAAUAAUCCUUGGUAUGGACCUGAUUGUAAUUCGAAGAAUCAUGUUAUUCCACCUCCACCAAUCAAUCCUGAUCAACCAACUAUAAACAAUACCAUUCCAUCAGGAAGUGAUGCACUAGCAUAUAUUGUCAGUAUUAUAUCAGUUGAAGAACUUCAUGAGAUUUCUGCCAACCAAGAAGUGAUUGCAUCUUUCAAACUUGCCAACUGGACAAUGACCAAUUUAACAACGGAAACACAAUUCCUCUAUCGAUAUGAUGUUUCAGUUAAAGAGUCAACCAAUAUCACAGUUGAUGUAGAAUACUUCCAGAAUGAAACAACAAUUGUGUUUGGAAAUGAGAACCUCACAAUGUUACCUUCAACAAUCAAAUAUUCAAUCUCGAUGACACCUUAUCAAUUCCAAGAUAAACUUACAACACUUCAACUUAUCAUGUCAGCCACUAUCGAAACAAAAGCAGAUGGUACAUGCUCAGCGAAAACAAUUGGUGGUGCUCCCAAUGAUCUCCAAUGGGUCAAAUUGAAUAUCGACAAGCAAUCACUUUAUGGACGAUUCCUUAGAUUUGCGGUGAUUGAUAAUAAUGUUCAACCAAUCUCCAAUGUCUUGCUGGACUCUGAAAUGAAUCCAAUCGAUACAGAAUCAAGUGUUCAGACAUUUAUUGGUAUCAAUAUCCCACAAUAUGAAAAUGGAAUUAAACUCGAUCCCGAUUUUUCAGUUCUCAUUGAUAAUGAUUCACCUACAGAUUCGAAAUGUAAGAGUAAGAACAAUAAGCUUAGUGCUGGUGCAAUCGCUGGAAUCACUGUUGGUGCUGCUGUAUUCUGUGCCGCUGUUAUUGGAGGUGCAAUCUUGAUAAAAUCAAAGUUAAGAGCAAGAAGAUUCAAUAUCAAAUUGAAAAAGAAACUAAAUUCACAUAAAUAA